CUUCGGAAAGAAAUGUCGUCUGAUGCUAUUUGGAUGUCAGAAAAGACGCCUCCCGAGUAGGCGCCGACCAUGCCAUGGCCAUGUUUAGAAAAUCGACACAUGGAGAUGUUAGGAAAUCCGCACAAAAAGUUUCUGAUCCAAAGAAAGAUACGCCAACCCGUCUGAAACACUUAAAAGUUGUGCUAGAAAAUUAUGACAUUCAGGAGGUGAAAGGAUUCUUUGAAAAUAACUACUCCCACAUCUACUAUAUCUUCUAUGAGGUGUUUGUCAAUGUGGAAACAGACCUUAAACAGAGAGCAAACAAAGCACACAGAGAAGAAUUGGAAUCCAUUCUUCAAAUAUUUGAGAAAAUUUUGUUAGUUCUGCCAGAGCUAAUUCAUAAAAGAUGGAUGUUUCACAGCAUUGGUCGGAUUUUAAAGAAGUUGCUGCAUCCUGGAAACAGUCUGAAGCUUCGUCGAGAGGGUGUGAGACUGUUUAUGAUCUGGUAUCAGAUCCUUCAGGAGAACGCCUCAGACGACUGUCACCAAAUGUUCUUCAAACUGGUACCUGGCCUGGGAGACACCGAAACCUUCAAGGCCUUUGAUGCUCGCUUUGGCAAUUACGUGGCUGACAGUUAUGGGGGCAUCAUUGCUGCUGGUGAAAUUGCUCCAAUUUAUCUGGUCACUGGAGAAAAACAGCCAGAGAACCUGACAAAGUAUUUUCUGGAAGCCCUGUUAACCUUCAUGGUGUCUGAGGUCACCAAAGUUGAGUGGAUGAACAAGGAGAUGCGGGAGACCAGCUUCGUGUUUCUGUUUGACAAGUUUAAAGAAUCCUACCUAAAAUGUUUACUGCCUGACUUCAGAAAGGACCGCAGUGUAUAUGUUCCCACGUUAGAAAUCCCAAUAUGGAGAAAGUUGGAAGCUGUUCACACAGAGGAUGUUCCCAGCUAUGUGGCAGCCUGUCAAGAUUCCUUUAUUAAAUGGCUGGCCAACUUUGCCAUCACUUCAAGGAGACCAGAAGUGCCUGUAGGACCUGCCAACAGGUCAGAUGAAGAUGGCAAGGAGAGCUCAGAUGAAAAGGUAGACAACUCUGAGCAGCAAUCUGGUAGUCAGAGCAGCACACUGACCAGUGGUUCUCAGGCUGUGGAGAAGGACUCCGCUGACUCGAGUCUCUGCAGCGAUGAACACAGCCAGUCUGAGUACGAGAUUGUCCGUGGAGUUCUCUACUCUACAAGGGAGAAUGUGAACAUUGUACAGGAAAUCUUCAGACAGGCACUCCUGUUCUCCUUUGAGCAUGCAGCAGCCAUGAAGAGAGUUAUCAGUGUAUACAAAGACUGGUUUCAGCAUGUAGAGCAGCGGCCCGUGUUUAUGCAGGAACCAAGUGUGGAUGUGACUUCGGGUCUGGAACAGAGAGGAACACCUGAAUUCCACCACAGUAGUCUCUCUGACAUCAUUGAGGAGAGUUCAUCUGGAGAUUCGUCUCCCUUGCCCUCCACACCUCGCCAGAUGGUUUCCUUAGAGUUACCAGAGAGACAGAGAACAGUGAGGAAUGCCUCUUACCUGGGUGCGAUCCAGGACCUGGCAGACAGCGGGGAUGAGAGUCACAUGGACGUCAAGGCAGGGCUUCAGCGCGUCUGUCAGGUGUUCAUAACGAAUGCCGCUAAUGUGUUCCUGCAGGAGGUCCAUGAUGAGAACCUUUUAAAUGAACAGGUGGAUUUGUGUAAGAGAGUCCUCAAUAUCUACAGAUAUAUCGUCAUGAACAUACCCAUACAGCAGCAGACAUGGGAGCAGAUAUUGAGGGUACUAUUAGGCAUCACCUCGGGAGUUCUCAGGGAAUGUCCCCCUAAAGACAAGAGUAAGACCCUGGGAGGACGACUUGCUCAGCCUAUUUUCCAGACAUUGAUAGUAACGUGGAUUAAGGCCAACCUGAAUGUGUUCAUCAGCUGUAAGCUGUGGGACCUGUUCCUAGAGGUGCUGUCCUCUCUCACCCACUGGGAGGAGCUUAUCAGAGAGUGGGCUAAAACAAUGGAGACGUUGACACGAGUGCUGGCUAAACAUGUGUAUAACCUGGACCUGUUAGACCUGCCCUUACAGAGGCUGAGUGAGCAGAAGGAAAAAAGACGGCGUGGCAGGAGUCAAGGCCCACCAAAAGUUCAGAAUAAGGAUAAGACGUUCUCGCGAGCUAUUCUGUCACCUGCAAAGGCACCCUCUGCGACUGCAGCAAACGCCUCACCAGCCGGGGUUGAUGUGCCAUUUGAGCGAGGGAAGUCAAGAUCAGAAGGUGCAGGUGGUAAUAAACCCCGCCCAGAAAUGUCAAAACAGCGAUCCCUGAGCGGUGAACCUUCCCCUGCCCACUCCCGUUCUGCUUCCAAUUCCUCGGACAUAGCUCUCCCACGCAGUAGCAGUGACAGUAACCUCAUCAGCCCUGAGCCUGAAGAAUCUCUCAAAGGUACCAGUUUUAGCAGCGAUGUUAGUGCCAAGUCAUCCGACACCUCAUACAGCCUGGCCUCCGAAGGUGCAGGCCUGGAGGACCAGGAAGUGGCCAGUGUGACGGCCAGCCUCCUCACAGACUCCAGCAGUGUAGCCAGUGUGGACAGCACAGGGGUUCACUAUAUCCAGAUGGAGAAUGCUGGGGAGAACUGUGGUGAAAAGUCCGACUCAGAUACUGUUAUACGAUCCUCCCAGACUCCAUCGCCCCUCUCCGUGCACUCUAAGUCUGGCUCGCGCACCCCUUCCCCCACUAGCGAGCUGACGGGAGAUGCUCGCCACAUGAGCUGCCCCACCCCUGACCGAGACAGCCUGCACAUAGAGGUUGUGGCCACCACAGAAGACUCAACUCUACCUAAAGACACAGAGUCUGAGAACUACGAGGAGUUCAAGAGCGUUUUAGCGGGUGGGACAGUUCAGGGUUGGACCCCGGAUGUGGCCGUCAUCCUGUGGAGGAGAAUGCUAGGUUCCCUGGGCGACAUCAAUAAGAUCAAAGACCCCAGUAUUCACGCCACCGUAUUCGACUACCUCUGUGAUAUUUUAGAAACUUUACUCAAGAUACGCGAUAAUCAGUCAGUAACCCAUGACAACCAAAGUUCCCCGCCCCCUCCAGAACUCAUCCCUCCACAGCUCCUUCUUGCCCCUUGGCUCUUCGAGGCUCUGAAGUUACCCGACACACACAAGCGAGGGAAACUGUCAGCAUAUCAGCUUAUCUGUUGGAUGCUUGUACAAUCACAUGACAUGCCACUGGAACAGCCAAUGGUAGCCAAGCUUUAUCAAGUGUUGCAUCAUGGGCUGGUUUCUUCAGAUCAGGAUGUUGUUAAUGUCAUUGUGCGUCACAGUGCGGCUAAGUUUUUCACAGUACCUCUCCCAGGCAGCACAGUUUUACUGUUGGAUUUUAUCCAUGCCGCGGGAACAAUUGUGUCCAAAACAGAUGCUUUGGAGUUGUAUGCUCCACGCACUGCCGCUGUGUCCUUAUUGGGCAGUUUGAUCUGCUUCCCAAAUCACUUUGGACCAAUCCCUGUGCUCCAACCCAUUCAAACUGAUCUCUCUGUCAUCUCGUGCAAUAAUUCCAAGGACCAGAUCAUUCAUCUCUUAUUGGAAGCUGGAAGUAAAGAACCCACAGGAUUAGCCAAAUGCAUAUCAGUCAGCAGCCUGGGUGUGUUUCUGUAUGAGGAACUCACACAUGGAACUCUUCACCCCAAGCUGAAGGAGGCCAUCAAUGUUUUACUUAAUGCUUUACGGUGCUCAGACAGGCAGGUGGGGAAAGUUGCUUCAGAAACCCUGUUUGUGUUAUGUGAUCAUGUCAAUACACUACUCAACUAUCACCCUGAUUUACCAAAGAAAAUUAUUGAGGUAAUUGCUUCUAACAUAUCAGCAAUGAUACCUGGUGUGGAGUCCUCUGGGUCAGAAGAGGACAAAAAGCUACUAGUCUCCAUGAUGUUCUGUAUGAUAGAGUGGGUGAUGAGGGUGCCAAUGCCACUGUUGUUGGAAACAUCAGAUACGGACAAAUCCUGUAUUUAUAAAGUCUUCAGGGUGUUGAAGGCCGCUGACACUGGUCAGACCACAGCUUCCUUAGCCCGUGGGAGUGUGUUUUCCCUGGUGGAACUGGCUCCAGACACUGACCCUAACCUACUAAAGGAAUCACCCCAGAGCACUGGAUCAAGCUCGCCCCGAGUGGGUAUUCGGGAGAGUCCCCUGGGGCCCAGUGAGCACCCAGUCAGACCCUUGUCUCCCGCUCCCCGGGAAUCUAGUCAUCACAGACCCCAGCCAGAUGGCGUCAAACUAGCAGCUAGAUUUCUAAUGACCCACCUGGUUAACCAGCUCUGCCACUUCCCUAUGGGUUCUGGGGCAGCCCGGCUCAACAGCAACAUACAAGAAUAUCAUGAUAACCCAGACACGCCCUUUAACGACCUCAUACCAGAGAUAUUUUCAGCCCCUAAUGUGCAGUUCUUCGUUCUGAAUCACAAAACUCUGAUAUCAUUUGUGGAGCUACCAGCAUUGGUAGACGUACCGGGUGGAGGUGUGACUGCGGGGCUAUCAACAGCCAAGACAGUGGCGAGGGUCAUCCUGAGGGACCUCAGCGGAAAGUUCUGCUGGGAAAACUCGGUGCUUUAUGGACCUCCUUGGUGUCACAGGGGAUAUGUCGUACCAGACUCUGUCUCAGGCUGCUCACUCCACUCAGACAUGGGCAUGGAUCCGUUAAUAAUUGACGACUCGGAUACCUCGCUCCCCAGAGAACCAACCAAUCAGAGGGCUUUGUCAAACCUCCCGCUCUAUGAGAACACCAGACAUUGGGAUGAUAACCUUAAUCAUCUAUUGGGUUACAUUGGCCAGACAAGUCCUGAGUGUCACCUUAUCCCAGGGGAGGCACUAAACAUCCCUGCACCACUCCCUGAGGUGCUCCAAAAUGAGUCCCAGUCCAUCAUGGCCGAUAUGGUGCUCACACAGAAGGAAGCAGAGACCAAGUUCUACAACACACAUAAGGCUGAUGCCAAACGGUCAGAGAUGUUCCCUAUGCUGGCCAAGCCUCAGUGCCCUACUGACACAGCUGAACCUGUCUCUCCAUUCCACAUGUGCCGUCUGCUCUUGGACCAAAUCGGACUCCUCUCCUGGGAGAAAAGGUGUGAUUUUGAUUUGCUCAAGAAAAGCGACAAACUUUUGAGAGAACUCAAACACUUAGACGGCCAAAAGUGCCGUGAAACUCACAAAAUAGCAGUGGUGUAUGUUGCCGAGGGCCAGGAAGACAAAAACUCUAUCCUGUCCAACUGCGGAGGGAGCCGGGCUUAUGAGGACUUUGUGGCAGCUUUGGGAUGGGAGGUUGAUUUGGAGAAUCACCAGGGCUUUCUGGGCGGGUUACAUCAGAACCGGACGACAGGGGACACUGCGCCAUAUUACGCCACCUCUAGUUAUGAGGUUGUCUUUCACGUGUCCACACGCCUACCUUCAAACAAUGAGGAAGCCAAUCACAGAAAGAUGAAACAUUUGGGAAAUGAUGAGGUUCACAUCAUCUGGUCUGAGCACAGAAGAGAGUACAGACGAGGAAUCAUACCUACAGAGUUUGGGGACGUCCUGCUGAUCAUCUACCCUCUUCACAAUGGGCUAUACAGGAUACAGAUCAACAGAAAGCCAGAGGUGCCAUACUUUGGGCCCCUUUUUAACGGUGCAAUACUGGAUAACAGGGUGUUGCCAGGUCUUGUCCGAGCCACAGCAGUCAACGCUAGUCGAGUUAAACGUGGCCUUAUCCCAGGAUUCCACUCCCACUUUGAGGAGAGGUACAGAAGCCUGGACACCAUCAUCCAGCACCAUCUUCAGCCAACCACUUUUGAGGACUUUGCCGCCAAUGUCUUCGCUCCUGUGCUCACUCAGCCAACCACAACUUUUGACCAAGUGAAGCUGGAGACAUCUGUUAGUGCUCAAGACUUGGCCAAAUCGGCAACCAAUCAGCUACCUUCACCGUCAGGUUCCCGCCAAUCACGAGUGCCAAUGUCGUUGCCUCUCCGUCCAAAGUUUUCCCACCUUAAACGCCGAAGAGUUCCCUCUCCUGACUUUUCUGAGCACAUUGGAAUAGCCGGGGAGUCUGAGAUGUCUGUGUUUGAGAGUGCCAGUAACCUCGCUGCGGAGACUUUCAUCCGAACAGCACGUCGCUUGUCGCUCAAGGGACGACGGACUUCAUCAACCAAGGGAACACAUCCCAUCUCACCACCCGAGAGCCCAAAAGGAGCAAAAAAAUAAUAUCAGGCUUCUUAUUUUUAUAAUGUAACAGUAAUGAUAUAUGAAGUCAGUGUCGAAGGUCACAGGUUUAAGUAUAGUCACGCAUCGACACACACAAAUGUGGGUGAUUUGUGAGCAAAUUGUGCAGUUGAUUGCAUAAACCCGAGGGUUGUUUCAAGUGCUUUAAUUAAUUUGUGUUGUAUUAGGUAUAAUUUAACAGUGUAGUAAAACAGUGUAUUUUCAUGUACCCUCUGUAAAUUGUUUGUGUACUUUAUGGUUUUGCAGCUAGGUUGAUUCCUGUAGGUCGUGGUGUUGUCCUCGUACCACUGUGUCUACUUUAAUGUACCUGUCUGCUUUCUACAUGGGUUUGUAUAGGAACUUAACAUAGUACAUUCAAACUCGGUGUAACAUUAGCCGUUGUGACAUGUCUGGUCAAAAUUCAGCAUAUUCAGGUUUCUAUCAACAUUGUCGGGGAAAACGCUCACUGUUAUUCAUUUGGUAAAGAUGGCAAGUACAGUUGCAUUAUACUGCAAAAUGUAAUAUAUCGUAAUUAACUUUUACAAAAUGUCAUCUAUUGUAAUUGAAAAUGUUACAUUCUCUGGCAAACAUUCUAAAGACACAUUAACAUUGAUACUUCUGAUGGAUAGUACAGUGUUUGGUAUGUGCUUUCAGCAAGUACUUGUGUAAUGAAUUCGGGUAGCAUUGUUUCAUAAAAGGUGUACUAGUUAGAAGCAAUUUCUAACUUCUGAAUGUGUGUGGAUUAUUUGAAGCAGUUGUAUUGUGACAGGUUGAAUUGUAUUGUAUCAACACCCAGUGUCAGUCAAAUGUCCAGAGGUGUGUUGGUGUACACUGUUUGGUUUUACAUGGUUACAAAAGGAGUGCUGAAGGGGAAAUGGCCAUGCUUUUGUAACUUUAUAUUUUGAGUAAUACUUUUAAGCUAUGAUGUUGCUUGAGUUUGCUUACCUUUGUAUAUAAAUAUAGUAUAAAAUAGCACGUCCCGGUAUCAUGGAGCGAUCUUAGACUUAAGUCAAACUUUUAAUCAUUAAAUUUGGUAUGUUCCUUUCCGUUAUUUCAGCUCAAAUUUGUUGUGCAAUAACUUACCCAAAAUUAACGUUGCCAAGCAAUAUUUUGACCUUGUUACAUUAGAAAUAACAAUUUUAAAGUUAUUUGACAUUUUGACUUCAGUCUAAGAUCGCUUCGUGAUUUCGGGGCCAGCAGACUAUUCAAGCUUCCUAUGUUGAACAUUAGACUAGAGCCAUCAAGAUAAAGUGUUCCACAAUUGUUUAAGUAUUUUCUGACUGCAAUGCAGUGCUUUCUUUCGCUUUUUAAGCUACAUGUGUGUACCAGUGAACAAAAUGCUUUACUAGAGGAUUAUUUUAUCACGAAACUUGGUUGUUCAGUUUUAGUUUAAUCACUGUUUUAGCUAUAAUGUUCUGCCACUCUUGUAAUGUUGCAUGUGUUCAACACAAUAAUAUUUAACUUGAAGGAAACUUUUGUUUAACAAAUUACUUUCAUAUUAUCUUAAACUUACAUGUAUUCUUCUUGAAAUAGAUGUAUGUAUGUGUUUUUCUUGUGUCUGAUACUGCAGAUUUCUAGAUUUACCUGGAUGCUUCAUGGGGACUUUAUAACUGUUAAUACAGCGCCAAGAACGAUGCCAGUAAAGACUUUCUUAUGGUAACACC